GGCAAAAAAUCAAAACGAAUCAAUGAAAGUGAGAAAUGAACCAUUUUUGGUUUUAUUAGUGGGAAGAUCUGUGUAAAAAAAUUCCUCUAUAUAUAUAUAAAAAAAAGAAGAAGAUUAGUGUAAAAUAAGUUGUUUUGCGCAGCAUGGGUUCGGUUAUAGACGACGACGUUUCACCGAUCGAAGAGGUUCGGGCUGUAGUAUCAAACGACGAUGACCCGAACCAACCGGUAUGGACGUUUCGUAUGUGGACACUGGGAAUUAUUUCGGUCGUGUUACUUUCGUACCUAAACACUUUCUUCGGGUACAGAGCCGAACCACUUACGGUUACGAUGAUUUCGAUUCAAGUUGCGACACUUCCUAUUGGUCGAUUCAUGGCUCGUGUGUUACCGACAACGAAGUUUCGUAUCAUUGGGUUUGGCGAGAGAGAGUUUUCCUUAAACCCUGGUCCUUUUAACGUUAAAGAGCACGUGCUUAUUUCAAUAUUUGCAAAUGCUGGUGCUGCAUUUGGGAAUGGUUCUGCUUAUGCUCUUAGUAUUGUUGAUAUUAUUCGUGCUUUUUAUCAUAGGAAGAUUACAUUCUUAACCAGUUGGAUCCUCGUCAUGACUACCCAGGUAUUGGGGUAUGGAUGGGCGGGGAUAAUGAGGAAGUAUGUGGUGCAGCCGGCGGAGAUGUGGUGGCCAGCCACUUUAAUGCAAGUUUCUUUAUUCAGGGCUUUGCAUGAAAAGGAUGAAAGUCGCAUGUAAAAGUUCUUUUUGAUUGCACUUAUUUGCAGCUUCGCAUGGUACGUGGUCCCAGGCUACCUCUUUGCCACCUUAUCAAUCAUUUCAUGGGUUUGUUGGGUAUUUCCUAAUUCUGUUACAGCCCAUCAAAUUGGGUCAGGCCAAAGUGGGCUUGGGCUUGGUUCCUUUUCUCUUGAUUGGACCACUAUUGCUUCUUUCCUUGGCAACCCACUUGUGACACCCUUUUUUGCAACGGUUAAUAUCAUUGUUGGAUACAUCAUAUUAAUCUACAUGCUCAUUCCUAUAGCUUAUUGGAGAUUAAAUGUCUAUAAUGCAAAAAACUUCCCCAUAUAUUCUUCUAAACUAUUCACCGCUAAUGGUACGAGAUAUGACGUGCCAGCCAUUGUCAACGAAAAGUUUGAGAUAGAUAUGCAAGCAUAUGAGAAACAAGGUCACAUCAAUAUGAGUGUCUUCUUUGCUAUUAGCUAUGGUGUUGGCUUUGCUGCAAUUAUUUCUACCCUCACUCAUGUUGCCAUAUUUAAUGGGAGAGAAAUAUAUCAACAACUUCUAUCUUCUCGAUCUGGAAAGGAAGACAUUCACACAAGGUUGAUGAAGAAAUAUAAGGACAUACCCAAUUGGUGGUUUCAUGCAACACUUUUGGUUUCAUUUCUACUUGCACUUAUGCUCUGUAUUUUCAUGAAAGACGAAAUACAAAUGCCAUGGUGGGCCCUUAUCUUUGCAUCUGGGCUUGCACUCACUUUUACUCUCCCAAUUAGCAUCAUAACUGCCACCACUAAUCAGAGUCCAGGUUUGAAUAUUAUUACUGAGUACGUUAUGGGUGUGAUUUCACCUGGAAAACCAAUAGCCAAUGUUUGCUUCAAGACUUAUGGGUAUAUGAGUAUGUCUCAAGCUGUUUCCUUUCUAUCUGAUUUCAAGCUUGGACAUUAUAUGAAGAUCCCACCAAGGUCAAUGUUCAUAGUUCAGAUUUUAGGGACUCUUAUAGCUGGAACAGUGGAUGUUAGUGUGGCAUGGUGGUUGUUGGGUUCAAUAAAGAACAUAUGCCACGAAGAGCUACUCCCACAAGGCAGUCCAUGGACAUGUCCAGGUGACAACGUCUUCUUCGAUGCAUCCGUAAUAUGGGGUUUGGUCGGCCCAAGAAGAAUUUUUGGCCCACUUGGAAACUACGCACAACUUAAUUGGUUCUUCCUUAUUGGAGCAUUGGGCCCAGUAAUUGUAUGGGGUCUUAUAAAAGCCUUUCCAAAUAAAAAAUGGAUAACACACAUUCACAUCCCUGUUUUACUUGGAGCAACUGCAGCUAUGCCACCAGCUAGUACAGUGAAUUUCAAUUCAUGGAUUAUUGUUGCGAUUAUUUUCAACUAUUUUGUGUUUAAAUAUCGUAAGAAGUGGUGGGAGAGGUACAAUUAUGUUCUUGCUGCUGCUUUAGAUGCUGGCUUGGCUUUUAUGACUGUUCUUCUAUAUUUUACGGUUAAUACUGAACAAAUCAGCUUAGACUGGUGGGGAACAUCUGAGCAUUGUGAUCUUGCUAGAUGUCCAACUGCUAAAGGCAUAGUUACUCCUGGUUGUCCUACUUUUUGAUACCAUUAUUCCCCAUAUUUAAUUUACAUCACCCCUUUCAUUUCUUUAUUAGUAAUUUACAUUAUGUUUCUCUUUUUCUUUCUUCAACUUUUAUGAUAAUUUUGACAUUUGAGGGUGAAAUGUUGAUUCAUGUUUGUCAUUUGUGAA